AGCUUGGGGAUGGCUUCCUGUAUCGCUUGUAAACACGCGUUCUGAAAACAUGGAAUAUUGUAUAUCGUUAUCAAAACCUGUUUUAGGAAAUUACCAGAGACGAGGCAGUACACCUCCUAGAGAAAAACACAAGACAAUACGUAACGGGAAAAGAGCAAACUUCUCAAAUAACUCAAAAUGUUGUUAUUUCAGUUACCAGAGGAUGUCCUUUACCACAUUUUGUCGUAUUUGGACUGCAAGUCUUUGACUCGUCUUUCUCAAGUUUGCAAAACAAUUAAUAAUUUUAUCAACCGUGACGCAGUAUGGAGGGAGAUAGCGAAAGAGAGCAUAAACACUGGAAUAACACGACAAGGAAGAGACUUUUACCCUCAUAUCCCCCUGAAAGAAAGAGUGAAGGUGUCUCAGAACUGGUGCCACGGGAUAUGUAGAAAACAUGUCCCCCUCAAAUGGAAGAUCAACUUGUUGCCAUGGAUCCAGUUGAGCGAUGACGUGCUGUAUCUGUCUCAGGCUGCGGACAUCGCAGCGUAUCCUCUACGACAAGACAGAGGGAAGCUCCUGCGCAAACCAAUGGCUGUGUUCUCUGGGCACCAGGAUGAUGUGUGCCGCUUCGCUGUGACGGACACACACAUCGUGAGUGGGGGAAGUGAUGGGAAGAUCCUGGUCCAUCACAGGAGAAGUGGCUUCUCUGUGGAGUAUUCUGGUCACAACCAGGAGGUGAACUGCCUGGACUGCAGAGGAGGGAUGAUCAUUAGUGGUUCCAGAGACAGGACAGCCAGGUUAUGGAGCCUGUCUUCCAACUGCCCCAAGUAUACAAUCCCCUUGUACGACAGGGUGUGGUCCGUGGCUAUUAGUCCCACACUGAGCUCCUUCGUGACGGGCACGGCUUGCUGCGAGAACUUUGCGCCGCUGAGGAUCUGGGAUGUGGAGAGGUGUGAGUGUGUGUGUUGCUUGGGAUCAGAGUUCCGGCGGGGCGCAGGUGUGCUGGACAUGGUGUACGAGUCCCCCUUCCAGCUGCUCACCUGCGGCUACGACACCUACAUCCGCUCCUGGGACCUCCGCCUCAGCCCCAGGAAGUGUGUCAUGGAGUGGGAGGAGCCUCAUGACAGUGCCCUAUACUGCAUCCAGACUGACGGGAAUCACAUGAUCGCAAGUGGCUCCUCCUACUAUGGCGUCGUUCGACUGUGGGACAAACGGCAAACCCGCUGCUUGCAGUCGUUUCAGCUGACCUCGGCCGUGAGCAGCCCGGUCUACUGCCUCCGCUUCAACUCCUCCCACCUGUACGUGGCCCUGGCCACCGCGCUGCACGCCCUCGACUUCAGACACGGGACGCAGCCGUGCAGAUGACACACACCGCCCACCCCCCCGCCCCACCACAAUAAAGUAUUUAC